AUGCAGCACGGAGCUGUCGGCGCCAAGGGACCGUCACCAUCGUCAGUUCCAGCUUCUGGUCCCACCUCAGUCAUAGCACAUCAACCAACCGAGCCCGACAGCGACUCUCAUAGUGAUGAUGAGCAAUACAACGAUGGCUCUACCCAAAAUGGGAAGCGCAAGCGCCCGACCUCAGUGUCGUGCGAGCUAUGCAAACAGCGAAAACCGUCUUGCGGAUGGUGCGCUCGAAAUGGCGCAAUAUGCGAAUACAAGGAGCGAAGACGGCCCGGUCUAAGGGCUGGCUUUGGUAAGGAGCUACAAGAUCGGAUGGACAAGCUUGAAGCCGUCUUGCAGUCUCACUCCGACAUUAUUCAACACGUGUUGGCCUCAAAUCCACAUCUCAAUGCUGCCGGUGCCAUUCAAAACAGCAACCCCAGCAUACCAAGUGACCAUGGCACGCCGAGGGAUGCUCCUUCUCACCUGUACAGAGCAUCCGAACCCAUCACUACACCAGGAGGAGAGAAUAGCUUAUUUGUCCCAAAGACGUCAACUUUGACGCCGACAUCGCAAGCCGUUGACUUCAAUGCACCGCAACACCCAGGCAUGUCCGACACAUUUCAUCACCAAGGGUCGCUGGGAGGCCUGUCCGCAGCGUCGCAGAUGCCGCCAAUUCCGUCAUCUGCGCCUGGAGGACAGGCCUAUUACCAAAACCAGCCUACAAUUCGCUCUCCGACCGCUCCGCUGAGCCAAACGGCAGUAUCAACUCCUCCGGAUCAAGACAUGCCCCCCUACGACCUUCUCUAUGCUCUUGUUGACCUAUACUUCAAGCACAUCAACACUUGGUGCCCAAUCCUCCACCGAAAAACCACUCUCGACUCACUGUUUGGACCGUCGACACUGCAAGAGACUGAUAGAAUUCUCCUACAUGCAAUUGUGGCCACAACGAUGCGCUACUCCACAGACCCUAGACUCACCGAUGAGAGGCGGGAGCAUUACCACAAAGUGAGCAAGGAGCGUGUGCUACUAUAUGGCAUGGAGAAUACCUCUGUCAAAUCGCUCCAGGCACUGGUCAUUGUAGCACUUGAUCUUGUCGGCAGUAGUAAUGGCCCGCCAGGUUGGAAUAUUUUGGCGCUCAUGACUCGCUCAGUAGUACAGCUCGGAUUGGCGGUUGAGAGCAACUCAUUCACAGUCUCACCCAGUUACACAUCGAUAUACACACUGCGGGCCAUGAUUCUUCCGGAACCCAAGGACUUUAUCGACGACGAAUCACGUCGACGACUCUUCUGGAUGAUUUAUCUUCUUGACAGGUAUGCCACUAUUGCCACUGCUUUCGAGUUCGCAUUGGCGGACAAGGAAAUCGACCGAACGCUGCCCUGCCGUGACGACCUGUGGAUGCGAAAUCAGAGAGUAGAUACAAAGUGGUUCAAGGCUAGAGAACACCACGGGGAGGGAUCUGCGCAGGAGAUUUGCAAACCAGAAAAUCUCGGGCCCUUUGCCUACUAUAUCGAGAUUUUGGGCAUCUUGUCCAAGAUACACACGUUCCUCAAGCAGCCUGUAGACAUCAGUGCUCUGGGAGACGUCGAGCAAUGGCAACUGCGCUACAAGGAGUUGGAUAACCUGCUGACGACCUGGAGGUUUGGGUUGCCCCCCGAGUUUGGCAACAUGUCCAAGUUGUUUCAAGCACCAAAAAAGAACCUGAAUUGCAUUCUGGUGAUGCUUCAUGGCACGUAUCACACUGCCGUCAUUCGACUUCACUCGUCAGCAGCAUACCCCACAACACGAUCGCCCAUAUUUACGCCGUCGUACAGCGCUUCGCAAAGGUGUCACGGUGCUGUUGAGAACAUUGCGGCUUUGGGAGAGUUCGUGGUCCAGAACGGCCUUCUCAGCAAGCUGGGGCCGCCAUUUGCGUUUACGAUAUGGGUCUCAGCAAGGCUUUUGCUUGUUCAUGGAUCUACAGUUGAGCAUAAACUGGCUCCGCAAAUCGGCUUCUUUGUUGACACCCUGCGAGAAAUGGGACGAUACUGGCCGGUGGCAGCGAGAUACUGUGGGCUACUUCAGCGGGUGCUGGAUGAGCACCGUGACAGUGAGCAGAAGGGUGAUGGUAUCACACCUAGCUCUGUCAAAAUCCUAGCAGACAUGCGACGGACGGCAUUCGACCUCGACGUUUUGAUGUCUCGACAACCGAAACACAAUGCUGACACAACCACCCGAUUGCCCACUGUCGCGCCGGCCAAAACCCCGGCACCAAAUGACUUGGAGUAUCUGGACGUGUUUGACUUUUUCAAUGUCCCCCGUCUGCCAUUUGGCGGCGAGAAUUCUGCUGGUGCCCAGGCACUGGGUCCCGACACUGCGAUGGAUGCACAGAAUGGGCAGGCUCAAAUGGCGCCAAAUGAGUUCAACAUUACGAAUUUCAUGGUGGACGCAAAUAGUGAUUGGCUAUUUAAGCAGGACGGCGGCAGGUUUAUGGCGACGGGAUAG